UUUCAGAAAAGGUUAUCCCUUUAUAUUUAUUAACCCCUUUUAACACUUGCCCAAACAAAAAAGCCCCACACACACACUUACCAAACAUGGAGACCUGGUUCAUCAUUGUUAUCUCUCUCUGCAUCUCAGCAUUUCUCAAAUCUCUCCUCAACCUCACCACCAACAACAAAGUCUCUGAAAACAAUAAGCUCCCUCCUGGACCCUACACCAUUCCCAUCAUUGGCAACAUCCUAUGGCUCCGCAAACCCUUCUCUGAAUUCGAACACAUCAUCCGCAAACUCCAUGCCAAGUACGGACCCAUCAUCACCAUUUACAUACGCUUUCGCCCGGCUAUCUUCGUUGCCGACCGCUCUUUCGCUCACAAAGCUCUAGUCCAAAACGGUGCCGUUUUUGCUGACCGCCCAACUCCUCUACCAACAAACGCGGUCAUAUCUAGCAACCAACACAAUAUCAGCUCUGCUUAUUACGGUCCCACAUGGCGACUCUUUCGUCGCAAUCUCAGUUCGGAAAUUCUCCACCCUACACGCGUGAAAUCCUACUCCCACGCGCGCAAGUGGGUUUUGGAUAUCCUCCUCAGCCGCCUUGAUUCUCAGUCUAAAUCCGGUAAACAGAUUGUUGUUAAAGAAGAUUUCAAAUACUCCAUGUUUUGUUUGUUGGUGCUUAUGUGUUUCGGAGACAAACUCGGAGAAACCCAGAUUAAGAAAAUCGAAGAGGUUCAGCGUUGCUUGCUUUUGAGCUUUGUUCGGUUUAGAAUACUCAAUUUUUGGCCCAGUAUUGGAAGGAUUGUAUUUUGUAAGCGUUGGGAAGAGUUGUUUCAACUUCGGAGAAACCAGGAAUCUGUGUUAAGGCCUUUGAUAGAAGCGAGGAGGAAAGUGAGGCUAGAAAGACAGAGCAAAGUGAAAGAAGACAAAAAUAAUGAUGGUGAUGAUGAUUUUGUUGUGUCGUAUGUGGAUACGUUGUUGGACUUAGAGUUGCCAGAGGAAAAGAGGAAGCUUUCAGAGGAGGAAAUGGUUAGUUUGUGCUCGGAGUUUCUCAACGGAGGUACAGAUACUACAUCCACAGCAUUGGAAUGGAUUAUGGCGAAUAUGGUAAAAUACCCACAAAUCCAAGAGAGGCUUUUAGUGGAGAUUAAAGGGGUUGUUGGUGAUGGAGAAAAGGAAGUGAAAGAAGAGGAUUUGAACAAGAUGCCUUAUUUGAAAGCAGUGGUUUUGGAGGGUUUAAGGAGACACCCACCUUCGCAUUUUGUAUUGCCACAUAGAGUGACAGAGGAUGUGGUUUUGGAUGGGUAUUUGGUACCAAAGAAUGCCACUUUGAAUUUCAUGGUGGCAGAAAUGGGGUGGGACUCGAGGGUUUGGGAAGAUCCUAUGGAGUUUAAGCCUGAGAGAUUCUUGAGUGGUGAUGAUGGUGUGUUUGAUAUAACUGGAAGCAGAGAGAUUAAGAUGAUGCCAUUUGGUGCGGGGAGGAGGAUUUGUCCUGCUUCUGGUUUGGCAAUACUGCAUUUGGAGUAUUUCGUGGCCAAUUUGGUUUGGAGUUUUGAGUGGAAAGCUGUUGAUGGUGAUGAGGUUGAUUUGUCAGAGAAGCAGCAGUUCACUAUGGUGAUGAAGAAUCCUCUCAAGGCCCACUUAUCUCCAAGGCUUUAAAUGGUUAGCUCUAUGACUAUGAAAGUUUUUUUUUUUUUGUUUUUUGUUUUGUUUUUAAUACUACGACUAUGAGAGUGUUAUUUGAAAUAAAGUCUACAGCUGUAUUUA